GCGGCCGCGGUCGCCGCCCGCGGGCGUCCGUCGGUCGGUCGGUCGGUGCGUCCGGCGAGCUCGGCCUGCCCCGCGGGGAAGCGCGGGCCUCCCUCCCUCCCCGGACUCGGGAGCCGCCGCUGCAGUGCGAUUUAUGGACGGUCGUUCAACGUGCAGAAGAGUGCUUACCUGAGCCAGCACAGAAGGUAACCGGGCGAGGAAGACCAGAUGCAGAUUUGAGGACUUCAGCUUGCAGAGACUUUGAACCAAAGUCUUGGCGAUUAAGACGUCCAAGUCUGUAUCAACCCUGUUCGCAGUGGGUUAUUGUAGGAGAAACUGGAACAUAGGAUGCCAGCUGCUUGAGCUCCCUCGUGGACAAGAUGGAAGAGGAAGAACUGGAAUGCCCAAACUCUGCCUCUGAGAAACGCUAUUUCCCCGAAUCCCUAGAUUCCAGUGAUGGGGAUGAGGAGGGGAUUUUGGCUUGUGAGGAUUUGGAACUUAACCCUUUCGAUGGUUUGCCAUACUCAUCACGUUAUUAUAAACUUCUAAAAGAGAGAGAAGAUCUUCCAAUAUGGAAAGAAAAAUACUCCUUUAUGGAGAAUCUGCUUCAGAAUCAAAUUGUGAUCGUUUCAGGAGACGCUAAAUGUGGCAAGAGCUCUCAGGUUCCUCAAUGGUGUGCCGAGUAUUGCCUCUCCAUCCACUACCAGCAUGGGGGUGUGGUAUGCACACAGGUCCACAAGCCCACCGCCGUGCAGCUCGCCCUCCGGGUGGCAGAUGAGAUGGAUGUGAACAUUGGGCAUGAAGUUGGCUACAUGAUCCCCUUUGAAAACUGCUGCAGCAGCGAAACCAUCCUGAGGUAUUGUACUGAUGACAUGCUGCAGAGAGAGAUGAUGUCCAGUCCUUUUUUGGGCAACUAUGGGGUCAUCAUCUUAGAUGACAUACAUGAAAGAAGCAUUGCCACCGAUGUGUUACUUGGACUUCUUAAGGAUGUUUUACUGGCAAGACCAGAACUGAAGCUCAUAAUUAACUCCUCACCUCACUUGAUCAGCAAACUUAGUUCUUAUUAUGGAAAUGUGCCUCUCAUAGAAGUGAAAAAGCAGCACCCUGUGGAGGUUGUGUACCUGAGUGGGGCUCAGAAGGAGUCCCUUGAGUCUAUUUUACGCCUUAUCUUUGAAAUUCACCAGUCUGGUGAGAAGGGUGACAUUGUUGUCUUUCUGGCCUGUGAACAAGAUAUUGAGAAAGCCUAUGAAAUCGUCUGCCAGGAAGGAUCGAACUUAAACCCAGAUCUUGGAGAGCUGGUGGUGGUUCCUUUGUAUCCAAAAGAGAAAUGUGCAUUGUUCAAGCCAAAUGAUGAAACAGAAAAAAGAUGCCAAGUUUAUCAGAGAAGAGUGGUGUUAACUGCUAGCUCUGGAGAGUCUUUGAUCUGGAGCAAUACGGUCAGAUUUGUUAUCGAUGUGGGUGUGGAGAGGAGAAAGGUGUACAACCCUAGGAUAAGAGCAAACUCCCUUGUCACGCAGCCCAUCAGCCAAAGCCAAGCAGAGAUUCGCAAGCAGAUUCUUGGUUCAUCUUCUUCAGGAAAACUUUUCUGCCUGUACUCUGAGGAAUUUGCCUCCAAAGACAUGCGGCCACUAAAGCCAGCCGAAAUGCAGGAAGCUAACCUAACCAGCAUGGUGCUCUUCAUGAAGAGAGUGGACAUCGCGGGCUUAGGCCACUGCGACUUCAUGAACAGACCAGCACCGGAAAGCUUGAUGCAGGCUCUGGAAGACUUGGACUACCUAGCAGCACUGGACAAUGAUGGGAACCUCUCUGAGUUUGGGAUCAUCAUGUCGGAGUUUCCCCUUGACCCACAACUCUCAAAGUCUAUCUUAGCAUCCUGUGAAUUUGACUGUGUGGAAGAGAUGCUGACAAUCGCUGCCAUGGUGACAGCUCCCAACUGCUUCUCUAAUCUGCCACAUGGGGCUGAGGAGGCCGCCUUGACUUGCUGGAAGACAUUUUUACAUCCUGAAGGAGAUCACUUUACCCUCAUCAACAUUUACAAGGCCUACCAGGACAUAGCUCUGAAUUCCACCAGUGACCACUGUGUUGAAAAGUGGUGUCACGAUUACUUCCUCAAUUGUUGUGCUCUCAGGAUGGCAGACGUUAUCCGAGCUGAACUCUUAGAAAUUGUCAAGCGAAUUGAGCUUCCCUGCGCAGAACCUGCUUUCGGCUCAAAGGAAAACGCUCUGAACAUAAAGAAGGCUCUCCUGUCCGGUUACUUCAUGCAGAUUGCCAGGGAUGUGGAUGGAUCAGGUAACUACUUAAUGCUGACACACAAGCAGGUAGCCCAGCUGCACCCCCUGUCCAGUUACUCCAUCACCAAGAAGAUGCCAGAGUGGGUUCUCUUCCACAAGUUCAGCAUAUCUGAGAACAACUACAUCAGGAUUACCUCCGAAAUCUCUCCUGAACUAUUUAUGCAGCUGGCACCACCGUACUAUUUCAGUAACCUGCCUCCUAGCGAAAGUAAGGAUAUCCUACGUCAAGUAAUGGAUCACCUUUCACCUCUAUCAACAAUGAAAAAGGAACCGAAAAUGUGUGAGAAGUGCCCUGAGACUACUGAGCAGAGAUGCACCAUCCAGUGACUUCAGAAUCUUCCAUAAAAAGCAAGAUGUGCAAUAAGUGCCCCACACUAGCCUAACAAACAGCCAGUCUGCCGGAGGGAGGUGCAGACGCUCAACUUGAAUGAGAUCAUGCCCCACGAGUCUUGAAAAAAAAUACUUUGUAUAUUAUUUAAAAAUAAAAAAAUAGAAGUUUUUAUUGAGUUCUUUAAAUUACGACUCCCAUGUUUUCCUUCUUAUUGGAAAAGCUUUUAAUCAUUCAUAAUUUGACCAAAUUUUUUUUUUUUAAAACUAUUUUGUAAAUGUGUCACAGACACAGGGGACAGAACCCUACUCUUUUGUAGAGGACCUUACUCUGAAUAAAGUCGUGAGUUUUUCAGUAAA